UUUUCCAGUCCCUUAACACGCUCGUAGCCCUGCACUGGACCCGCUCCAGGAUCUCCAUGUCCCUCCUGCUCUGAGGAGCCCAGAAGCGGACACAGCACGCCAGGAGGGGAAAAACCUGGCAUUGCUGAAAAUGGCAGCUGAGACAUCCACAGAAGUUGCAAAAACAGCCAAACAAUCUGUCCUUAAGGAAGAGGUGAUUGUAGAAAGACAAUGGUUGAAGCUUUCAGAAACAACUUACACUGAUCCCUUUGGGAAAACCAGAACUUGGGAAACUGUAAAGCGUACUGGCAACAAAAAGGGAGUUACAGCUGAUGGGGUAGCAGUGAUAGCAGUGCUGCAGAGAACCCUGCACUACGACUGCAUUGUCCUGGUGAAACAGUUCAGGCCCCCAAUCAAUGGCUACUGCUUGGAAUUUCCUGCAGGCCUCAUUGAGGAAAACGAGUCAGCAGAAAGUGCUGCGCUUCGAGAGCUGAAGGAAGAGACUGGCUACAAGGGGGAGGUCAUUGAGUGUACUCCAGCUCUGUGCUUGGACCCAGGAAUGUCAAACAGCACAACACACAUCGUGAGUGUCAUCAUUAAUGGAGAUGAGGCUGAGAACACAAGACCUAAGCAAAACCUUGAUGAUGGAGAAUUUGUGGAAGUUGUUACACUUCCAAAGAAUGACCUACUGCAAAGGAUUGAUGAGCUGGUAGCAGAGGAGCAGCUGGCAGUGGAUGCCAGGGUUUACACGUACGCCUUGGCUCUGAAGCGCGCAGCAGAAAAACCGCUCCAAGUUCCUUUCAUGAAGUUCUAGAACUGGACAAUGAGAAAUUGAAUUCAAAACUGCCCAAGCUGGAUGGCUUAGAAGUAUAACUCUUCUUGUAAUCAAGGUCAUUUACUUUACUUGUUGAGCAAAAAAAGUGUUUGUAGUAAU